CUAUGAUAUAAUUGCUAACAUUACCGACUCUUAGAUACUAAAAUUCAAAGGAGCUUGAAAGGUAUUUCCCAAUAACCUCAUGUAGAAUUAAAGUUCCAGUCAUUCUGGAGGGGAAGACAAUAUGCAGCAGUGCAACGGUCAGUAAUGGAGGACAUAUCAGGGUGACCCCUUUUUAUGAGCACAAAACAUGCCAGAAUAGGUUCGGAGUCGUGAGCGCAAAAUAUAAGUAUUGGAAUUAUAUAUGAAAGAGGCCCUUGAGAUGCUAAGGAUCCCGCGAGAGGAUCUGCCAGAGCUUUUCAAGGGGAAUGGAAAGUUUAGAUGCAAUACAGCUUCAGCAGUCAGUUCUAUGGAGCAAUUACCUACACCCCGGUAUCGAUUUGUUACUACUAAAUCUACGGCUCUGCUAUCAAAAUUUCCAAAGAAGCUUUUCUAUCGAGACAGGAUCAAAAAUACGAGCAAUUCAGAUAGCCCAUCCUCCUUAACACCUCACAGAGCGACAUCACAAUCGCACAUGUCGUCUAUACACCAGAAGUCUUCACCGAAAACUCGAUGUCUGAUGGUUGGAAAGUUCUUUCUUUGUAUAGAAAUAUGUCUGCUCACAUGCCAGGAAAGAUCUUCCUUCACUACAGCGGUACGAUCUCUCGCCCGAUGCUGCGGAUAUCUUGAGGCUGAGAUUAUAAGCGGAGAAGUAUCAGUUGAUAUCCAUGGCACUGUUUUAAAUAAAAUCGAUCAACAGGAUGAUGAAAAGAUUGAGCAACCCAUCGGAUCUAAUCUUGCAGGCGUUUUUCCGCUCCGGCUUUUGGGUGAGAUUGCUGAUGACGCUGUUGUCAAAAGUAUAUAUGUGGAUCGCGCGCUGUGA